UACAUAUUACUGUUUAACAUUUGUUCUGGUUUAAUUACUACAACCGUUAUUUCAUUUUCAGAAAAAUAAGAAACUUAUCUUGGAAUUUCUUCGCUCAGACUCCAUUGGUCCUCAACCUUAAGUGAGAAGCGUUGGGAUAUCCUAGAGAUCCCAUGGCUAGAAAUGCAUGGCAAAGCAGAACUCUAGGUAAUCCCCACACUUCUCUCCUAGUCGUGUCUCUGAUUUUGAAAACUACUGGAAAGUAAGAGAGGGCAGUAGAGAAACCUUGAAACAUUUGUAUGCGCAUAGAACAGCCUUGAAAUAUUUUAUACGCUUCAAAUUGAUCGCUUAUAUACCAUCCAUAAACCAAGAGUGGUGGAAGAACAAGCUGUAAUGAUGCGCCCAAGGAGUUCAUCAAAGAGGCAAAGAAAAGGAUCUCCGGAUACCCGUGAUGGAUCAGAUAAGGAGCGUGCAGAAGAUAGUCUCCUGCAGGAUGCUCGCAGGAUUGAAGAAAAUCUAAGGGUAUAUAUGAACGCGAAAGAUGCAAAGGGGUGUAUUGAAGCUGCAUCUGUAUCUCACUAUGUAUUAGCUUUUGAAAUGAUAAACAUCAAUAUGAAGUCACAAGCACCGGCGGAGGAUAUACAAGCGAAGACAAAUAAGAUGGUGUAUUUUUCAAGAGUCUGCCCUUGAGGCCUGAUGACUUCCAUUCGGAGGAGAGAUCUGUUUACAGUAGCAACAUGAUCCUUCCAGGGAAAUAUGUUUGCCAGUAUUACUUCCAACCGGAUGUACCAAGAACAACCCCUU